AGCAGCGAUUCCUUCACACAGGAUGUUUCACACUUCCACCUAGUAUCGAUAUAUAUUGUACUAUGUAAAGUCUUACUCCAUUUUUUUUUUCUUUUAUUGUUCUUUUAUUACAUAAAGUCAGUCGACGGUGAGGAGUGGGGAUCUUUAAAGUUACAGAUCAAGAAUUAUCAAGAUCUACAGAGGACAUGGGAAUUCUGUACUCUGAGCCGAUCUGUCAAGCCGCCUAUGAAAAUGACCUAGAUGAAGUGCAACUACUCGUAAAAGAAGAUCCUACUGUCCUUAAUGUGAAGGAUAGCUUUGGUGGAGACACACCACUCAUAUGUGCCUGUCGAAAAAGCAAUAUUCAAAUAAUCAAUUACUUACUACACAUGAAAGCUGAUAUCAACCUGACAAAUAAUAAAGAAAGGACCUGUUUGCACUACGCUGUGAGGAAAAGGUUCACAUUCCUCGACUACUUGAUGAUUGUGAUCUUGAUGCCUGUUAUGCUUAUUGGAUACAUGAUCAUGAUAUCAAAGACCAAACAAAAUGAAAGACUGAUUAGACUUUUACUGAACGCAGGUGUCAAUGUCAACGCCACAGAUUAUGAGGGGAACACAGCCCUCCAUUAUGCUUGCAAGAUGAAAAAUCAAAGUAUAGUACCGAUUCUCCUGGAAGCCAAAGCUGAUCCCUACAUUAAAAAUAAGGACGGGGAAACCUCCAUUGAUAUUGCCAAGAGAUUAAGAUUCCAAAAAAUCAUGCACUUGAUGAAAAAGUCUUCAUAAUACUGAAGGAAACAAGUUUUCCCAUUACUCUGGCACUUAAAUGAGCACAAAACUGGUAGUAAAGAAGCGGGUUUACAUUACUUCCAUUGACUGUAUUAUUAAUGGCGUCCGGAACAACACUGAUAGGGAUAUUUAUAGCUUUGUCUCCAUUGUAAUAUUAUUGACAGGUAGUUUAUUGUAAAAAUAAAUUGUAUACUUGGUGUUACACAUUAUAAAAGUAUUAAUAAAAACUGUAACAAGAACUGGAGAUCAGUCAGUUAUGUAGAGUUGUAGAGUUUAUUCUUGGGUCUUUUCGGGGCAGUGCUGGGGAUUGGGAUAUGACUGACCAGGGGCGUAGCUAAAGGCUCAUGGGCCCUGGUGCAAGAGUUCAGCUUGGGCCCCCUUCCCUCAGUGCUUUGUGGCCAGGGGCAGGGAGCACUUUGUGCUGUCUGAGGCAAAAAUUGAAACAGCACCCCUUCCCCAUGCCAAAUUCUUGAUCUAACCCCUUCUCUUUAUCCAAAGGUAUAACUCUGUGCCCCAGUGCAAAAUCUAUGAAAGAGCCUUCCCAGCAUGCACUAUAGUACCAGUGUCUUCAUAUACGGCACAAGGGUCUUUGGGCCCCCUCAGGCUCUUGGGCCCAGUAGCGACUGCUACCUCUGCACCCCCUAUAGGUACACCCCUGACUGAGUUAUAUAUGGUAAAUCAAUCACUCUUCUGUUUACUGCAUCAUCACACUGCAGUGCAAAUUUUAGGUUAAUACUAGCUGAAGGACCCAUCU